UGUGAGCAUUUGAAAAAUCUAAGCCAUGGAAGAGCCUGAUAAGGGCUAUGCGUGGGUUAUAGUCAUCGCUGCAUUUGCUAUCAAUAUGAUUCUGUCCGGCAUGGCCAGGAUGAUAGGGUUCCUCUAUGUGGAUAUCAUCGAGGUCUAUGGUGUCACAAGGGAAGAAGCCUCCUUGCCGUUCAUUGUGAGGAAUGCCAUACGGUACCUAGCAGGCCCUCUAGUCAGCAUGAUGGGAAAAUCCUAUGGCAUCCGAACUGUGUCACUAUACGGAGGGCUCUUAGCAGCGGCUGGAUCAGUGCUCACAUGCUUCUCGCCGAAUGUCAGCUGGAUAGUCUUUUUCUGGGGAGGAAUCCAUGGUCUUGGUUUCGCAAUGGCUAGCACCCUCUACCCGGUGUUGGUGAACGAGUACUUCGAGCGGCACCGAGCUACCGCUUCCGGCAUCGUCUUGUCCGGCGCCUGCAUAGGAUGUCUAGUCUUCCCACUUCUUCUGGAGACCAUUUUGGAUGCAUACGGUGCAUUGGGGUGCUUUCUCAUUCUUGGAGGCCUCUUUCUUAAUGUUAUACCAGCUGCACUGCUUCUCAAGUCCCCGCCAUGGGUCGAUAAUCCUGAAGAAUAUGCCAGGAAAAGAGAACGUGCAAACAAUAACCCUACAUUAUUAGAAAACUGCGGCCAAGAAAACUCUAAAUCCUCCUUUAAGAAUACCCGAAAGUCGUGGACAAAGGAUUACCCAUUAUGCCAACUUAACGUCUGUACUCUUUCCGAACUGCCCAGGAAGAAGUUAUACCCCGCGUUUGGUACCCGAAAAUUCGAGCUGAAAGCACCAAAGAAAUCUAAAGCAGAAAACGAAAUUAUCUGCACUUUAUACAGCGUGACUAAGCCUUCUUGGAAAGAACGAACUUUAUACGAAUCCUCUAAUAUUCCAAUCAAUUCUGAGCGCAACAAGCAGUUUGUAUCCUCCAUCGCAGAUGUCAAAAAGGUACCUUCUGGCACUCCUUCGGCAACGAUCUGGAACGGCCUGGAAGCUCUGAAAGAUAUAGCUCAAUUGUACACUAACCCCAUGUACAUCCUGAUCAACCUAAACAUGGCCAUCUACUUUUGGUGUUUCCUUCCUAUUAUUACGGUGGUUGUUGACUAUGGCCGUGACCGCGGCGUCAAGGACUCAAACAUGAAGUAUCUUAUUCACUCUCUGACAGUCGGAGAUCUAAUUGGGCGUCUGUGCUUCGGUUGGGUGACUGACUCUCGCCUCAUGACCUUUCCUCUGUUCAUGACUUUGACUGUAGCUCUUCAAGGACUCUUUGUGGCAGGUUUUCCUCUUACUUACAACUGGUGGCUGUAUUUGCUUUCUGUUGGCCUGUACGGAGCAGCAUCCGGAACAGUCUUUGUCCACCUACCAGUCCUAGUCCGCAAGUACCUAGAAGAAAAGGACCAAUCCAUGGGCAUCGGUUGCAUUGGAAUGGUAUCUGGCCUGGUCACCUUCGGCGUGCCACCUCUAAUAGGUUACUACAGGGACAACAUAGGUUCCUACGACGGAUUAUUUUACAUUAUUGGACUGUCAACGGUAGCAUCAAGUCCCCUCUGGCUUCUAGAACCCAUUUUCUCGAGAGCCCACCUUCGAGAGGAAGGAUAACGAAAGAUAGUAAAAGAAAUGAAGAAAGUUCAUAUAAAAAAAAAAAAAAAAAAACAUAUUUCAAAUGCAAUCUGCGUUCUGGCAAAGAAAUUCCUGAAAACCAAGGUCAAAGUCUUCAUCGAGUGUCACACACCAAACGUAUUUUAGUCAGUUAAUAGUACGGUACAACAUUUUCUGUGAGAUUGCUAUAAUGUCUUCUUUUCAGAAUGGCGAUUUCCAAGAAUUUCUUAUGUUUUCAUUGGAAAUUACCAGAUUUUUUCUAUUUUUCGGACGUUUAUGUUAAGUCAUUAAAAUGGGCUAAAACAACUCCCGUUUGGUACAGGAGUUAAAAUAUUUCCAGAUGCAUAGUGGAUGAAUAUUUUUAUAGGAACCCAGUUUUUGAAGAAACUAUUAAACUAAAUGAUUAAGCUGCACUUUUCAAAGCGGAACUUAUAGCAUUUAGAACAGCUGCUAUUUGGUCUGUUUUUUACUAAGUACAUUUAAUUAUAAAAUAACUUUCUGUAUACACACCGAUUUUAAAAGCAUUUUCAAAACAAAUGGCUUCAUAUAAAUUUCAUUCUUAUAGAACUUUAGCAGAGCUGAAAUAUUGAAUACUCUCAGUUAAAAAUUCAGAUUUUCUGGGUAAAAAAUUAUCCGAGUAUUUUGGGUAACGAAAUGGCUAAUGCUGCAGUUAAAGGAGCCACUUUGAAGAAAAGCUCUAAGACUCUAACUUCCAUAGAAUUUACCAAAACACUUUAAAGCAAUGAAAUUAUGCAAAAUUUGGCAAUAUCGGUAAGAAAAUAAUCUCACGAAAACAAAUGCAAAAGAUUUUUGCCUAAGGAAAAUUUUAAAUCUUGAAGUGUAAAAAACCUUUGAACUAAAUUCUUACAAGACACAGGUAAAUUUCUAGCUUGCGAUGUUUUUAUGAUAAAAGCAUUUGUGGUAGAAAAACUUAAAAGCAGAUAGAACGGAAAUGUUCAACACCAGCAAAAGUUAGAAGAGACUAUAUUGGAAAUACUUGUAUUAAAAAUGAGUUCCAUUUAUGAAAAACAUGCAGUGGGAGCAAUUACUGAAUGAUGAUCAUGUAUUAUAAGAGCAUUAAUUAAUGAACUCUUUGUUUAUAAUCGUAAAUUCCUUUGUAAAAAUACUGAAUAAUGUGUUAUAUCUACUAAAAAGGUCUUAUAGGAAAUUUAAGAUCUAGUAACUGAAACAGAAUUUCUGAAUCGUAAUCGGUUCACUGUAACCAUAACUCGAUAGAAUAAUAUUUAUAGUUAUUUAUAUAUGUUGCAAUUGUAUGCAUAUUUUCACUAAUUUUGUUUUAAAUUGUAAUACAAUAAUGCAUAUGUUACGGGCAAAGUAUGAAAAACAGGCAUUCUAUAGAAUGCCUAGAGUUUUUAGGGAAAGCAGAAAAUAUGAAAAUUGUUGUAUACUUUACCUAGCCAUUCUAAAGAAUGACAAAUGUUCUCCAGACAAAGUAUGAAAAAAAAGGUAAUGAUAAGGCCGUUACCUAAAAGGCAUUCAUUCCUCAAAAAUACAAAUGUCAUUUUGAAAAAAUAAUAAAAAAGGACGAUUAAAAAUUUCUAUUCAAAAUAAAGAAAAAAGUUGCGCGAAACAAAAAUUAUGCCUUUCUUAUUAAAGAAUACAAAAUUUUCGUAUAAAAAAUAAGAAUUUAAAAUUAACCUAUUUCUUGCAACAGGGUAGGCUUGAGUGACAUUUUGUAGUCACUUCACUGCUUUUUUCGCACAAAGACAUUUCAUACUUCGGCACUAUGUUUAACAUAUACACUUGACGAAUUUUUGGCUACUUCCAUUGGAUUGAGCAACUGCAACUGACCAGGGAAGAAUUUCGUGGCCAGAAAUAUCUUCAAUUCUAAGCAAGGUCUUAGAACAUAAAACGAACUGUUAUCUCGUAUAUAGUUUUUUUUUUUUUUUUUUUUUUUUUUUUUUUUUUUUUAAUUACUUGAAAAAUUCCAAGUCGGUAGGAACUAUCCUCUGUCACACUCAUUACAACUUCCAAUAUAUUGCUCGAAUUAUUUCAUAUUUUGCCGUUGUUUCAUUUUGCAUUUUACAUAAUUCCUAGGCAAUGUGUGAAGUACGAGUAUUUAAUCGUUUAAUACAUUGCCAGCCAGUUUUCGGCAUUCUACGUAUUCUAUAGAACGCCGGAUUUCAUACUUUGCCGGUGAGGCGUAUAUAUACUAUAGCGAAAUAAUAUCUAAGUUUGUAAUAAAUGCAUAUUUAUUUAUUUAUGAA